AUGUUGCACACUGCUCGGCUCAAUGCGUUUCGCCGUGCCGUGGCACUCGCUGAGGAUAUCAAGGUCACCGUUGGCUUCAGCACGACGCCCUUUCAAGACGUGCGAGGAACAACUGUGAGCCAGCGUGCUGUUGACGAAUAUAUCUUAAAAGAUGCCGAACGUGAGCCAGCCAAGUACAUUCUGAUGCAAGCAGACCUUCAGCGCUUCAACCAGUAUCGGACGAUGCAGAUGGCGGAGACUGCUGGGGAAAUUUCUAGCUGGUGUGUCAACUUCGAUGGCUUUUUCCUUCCAGGAAACACGCCCGAGGGCGUCGAAGGCUACUAUUCUCCUCACUGGCACUCAGCUUUGGCAGGGCUAGGCUUGCCUGAAAACACUUCAUGCGAAGACAUGGCCCAGUUCUGUGAUUUGGAUUCUGGCUCGCUGGUGCGUUUGGUAUGCGGAGAGACCUGCUGCUCCAGCGCGAGCCGCAAUGCUGCCUGGUUCAAGGUCACGGGCCUAGGCUGCCCUGCGGGGUGUUUGCAAGAGGCAGACAAGAGCCCUGCACGCACCUGUGCAGAUGUACACGCAAACUCAACCCCUUCAUGGAAUGCCUUCUGGGAUGCAUAUCCGCGUGUGCUGGAGAAUAGCACAGGUCAGUCUCUGUUCAACAAUACGGUAGGGUCGCAAGUCGCAGAAAUGGUGCGAGAGAUGAAGCUGCAGGGCUGUUCAGCCUUGAACAACAGUCGUUGGGAACGUGAAAUUGUGAUGGGUUGGAGGUGGUGCGAAGGCUUCGAGAACCUCUGUGCACCCUUGGCUCGCCUGUGUCCAGAAAGCUGUGGGUGCAACCUGGACCUGGCCGACCCGGCCGAGGCCCCUGCCGGCUGCCCAGGCUUCUGCUACAGAAGAUGCGAGGACACGACCUUCGCGGCCAUCGGAGAGGUGGCUACCUGUGCAGAUGGGCAGGAAACCUACAGCCGCGAAACCUGUCCUGGCAAGUUCAGACACCUGCCGUUGGACACACCAGACGAAUUCCCGCUAGCUCUUUGGUACAUCAGGUCUCGGGCGUACUGCGUCUGUCAAAAGAACUUCUUGUGCCUGACGGGCCCUGCUGCCAUGGCUCGUGGAACCAAGCGCAGCGCUGCGACCACCGUGCAGACCGUGGAAGAAUCCCCAGAUGAUGCUGAGAGCACGGUUCCCAUUGACGGCUGUGAAGACGAGAACCACAGAAAUAGUCCGGAGCAAGGGCUCCGUCGUCGCCGAGAUGGUGUCGUGCGCUGUGCUCGAUGCCACGACUUGCAAAAGAGAAAGCUGAGGGUUGUUGGCAGUCGCGGUCUAGACCUGGCUGCUCAUUUCCGAAUGCGCCGAAGCAUGCCGAGCGUCGAGGUGGUCCCCAGCUCCCCCGAGGCGGAUGACGAAAGAGAGCAUGACAGAGAGAUACAUGAAGCCAUCACCAUUCCCCAAAUGCGAGUUGAAGUCCACACCGCGGCCAAGCUUUCCAGCCCUCCAGCUGAUUUCAUGGACGAUGCCAUGGAAACAACGGACGCCCCUCCGUCGGAGAGCUCCGACGCAGCGACCCCAAAGGUGCUGCACAUCGGCUGUGACGUAUGCCCGCGGUGGUACGUGGUGGAUCAGCUCCUUUUCGACCACUGGCGAGAAGCGAAGUUCACGUGCUGUAUGAUCGGCGAGCACUGUGGCCGGAAGGAUAAGAAGACAGCGCUCGUCUCGUGUGCCGGCGUUCCAGGGAUGCUGACUCGAAUGGGCAGGCCGUGCAUCUCACGCGAGAGCAGGCCUCGCCUGUUACCGCUUGGCUUCUGGGAUCUUUGGCGCCCGGGUACGACGCUGUGCGCAGCGGCACCGCAGGUCUUUGCUGCACCAAUCGCGAUCGCCGGUCGGCAGCGGCUGUUAGAGGCGAAGCACCUUCUCGCGACGGCUUUUGAGGACGAGGCGGCAGCAAAGACAAUUUCCUUGCUGCUUGGUCUCCGUCGCAAGCGUCGCCAAGGCGCUUCCAAGGUGGAGCCGUCCAAAGUUUGGCUCCUUUGGCAGGAAUCCGAGUCGUCUGCUGAGCCUGGACAGAUGGUGGCAGUAGCAAUCCUCUCCUGGCAGCGUUACACCGCAGCUGGUCCGCGGCAGCUGCAGGGCGGGGUGGUGCUGGAGUACAUUGCUCGACUGCCGGACUGUGGAGCCAAGGCAUACUACCUCGUUUUAGCGGCCGAGGAGGUAGCGCUACUGCUUGGCCACAGCGAGCUUUUCAGUGCGUGUGACCUGAGCCAAGAUGGCCGCGCCUUCAAUGGCAGAGCAUUGCCGGCCUUGGCUGCGCAUCAGAACUGGGGAUUCCAGGACACCGACCAAAAGGAGUGGCGAGAUCGUCGCCUGGAGUCCUACAAUGCAGACUGCAGCUUGCACUACAUGGUUAAGCAGGUCGGUCAGUGA